UCAAGAGGCUGCUAAAUAAGGCACACAAGAUAAAGAUAGCGGCUCAAUACUCCGUACUUACAACCGAGGUAGCCGCUAUGAAGUUGAUUUGGCAAUUGACUGGCCAGCUGGGAUGAAUAUCACGCAUGAUAUGAAGAACUAUUGCUCCAAUAACAUGACAACAAUCAUGGAUACAUGUGACUCCGAUGCUGCCAGGAACCCAUCAAAUUGGAAGGCCGGCGGUACACUUCAAAUGGACCCAGUUACGUACCGCAUCACUCCUCAAAGUAACCAGAAUUACACCGCAGGAAAAUGUUGGUUUCACCUCGAAGAAUUCAAAAGCUUUUCUGGACCAAGCAAUGAACAGGUCAUCUUUAAAGUGCACAUAAGAAACAUAACAGAUGGUAUUGGAAAUAAUAUUUCGGUCAUGGGGAAUGGAGAAGACGGCUUAAAAGAUAUUACAAAGGUCGCCGGGGAUGGAAAUCCUUACGUUUUCAACACCACUUUACCUUUUCCUCUUCUCAUUACCCCAGAGCUUAAUGGCAAUCCAUCUGAUUACAUUCGAUUUGUGUAUGGAAGCCAGUCUUGGACUACAAGCGUGAACUCUGGGAUGCCAAAUUGUAGUGUUGGUGGUUGGACUAAUCCUGGUACCUCUUUGGAUGCAAUUUCGGUGAGAGCAGUAUCUCUUUAUGGUUUCGGAUAUGGGCUAAUAUAUCAAUUUGUCUAG